GGGCGGAGCCGGAAGCGGCUCCUGGCUCCCCACGUGCGCAGCGGCGGCGGGGAUGGCGGGGCAGGUGAAGGACAAGGAGGCGCUGCAGCGGCUCAGCUUCCUCUACCAGGCCGCGCACUGCGUCCUGGCCCGCAGCCCCGACGGGCAGGAGCUGGCGCGCUUCUACUGCCACACGCAGCGCAGCGUCAGCCGCCGCCUCGUCCUCCGGCAGGACCCAUCGGUGAAGAGAACCAUGUGCAAAGCCUGCUCCUCCCUCCUUGUCCCAGGUGUCAGCGCCACCGUGCGCCAGAGAAGACGCCGCCGCCAACGCUGGACGAUUGUGCGAUGCCUCAACUGUGGCCUGACCAAGCGCUUCCUGAACAACCCAGAGUAUAAGCUGUGGGCAGAGCAGCCUGAAGCCCUGCUGGAGAACCAGCCUCAGUGUGAUCAGAAGUCCACAGGCCUCCACCAGCCAUCCAAGGAGCCUCCAGCACAGAAGGGCAAAGCUUUGAGCAGGACUUUGGGCUUCCAGAGCCAGAACGCCUCGGAGGGAACCCCAGAGUCCACAAGGCAGAAGGGGAAAGGAGAUGCAGGUGGCAGAUGAUGCCCGCACCCUUGAAGUGGCCAUCUGCAGAGGGCACUGACUUUUCUGUGUUGUCCCAGUCAGCAAGGACCAUGCUGGGAACAAGAAAACUCCAGGAGACUCAUUAUGAAUGAGAGUCAGAGACUGAUUUGGAGAGGGAGUGAAAGAGACUUUUUUUCUUUAGAGACUGGCUGGCAAAGGGGAGGCAGGACACGCGGUGUAGGGUCUCUUCCCUCUAAAGGAUGCCAGCUGCAGUCCAGCCCCAGGGCCAGUGGAAAGAGUCUGAUCUUGCGAUGGGGGAGGUUUUGCACCAUGAAAUAAAAUUAUCUAGUCACAUGCA